UCAUUUUUAAUGGAGAUAUUAUGAGAGCAUUGGGCCAUGGAUUUCUACAGAUACAUCUGUCAGUUUUACUUCACUGUCCAGAUUGUCUGGGGUGUGGAUAAUGUGGUACUCCUUAAUCCUCCAAAGGAACCCCAAAUGGAUCAUCUUCUACAAGUACUUUACUCCUGUGACCGACCUGCUGCGGUAUGGCUGGAGUGUGUUGUAUCUUUUGAAACUGGCACCACUUCCACAAUCCUGCUUGGACAGUGGAGCUGUAACCCCGGUGUCCCAAAAAUCAGAACCCUGAAAUUGAUGCUGCCUGAUUGGUUGGUGUAUCAAGCUGAUGAGAUAAUUCCAGAGUCUGAAUGGGUGCUGACCUGUAUCCUUCGGGUGUCUGUGGAACACAUUCGGUUUGAUGGCACAGAAAGCUCUGUCACAGUUCAGGAUACGGCCACUUUGGAGCCAAUACCGCUGUUAAAUCGUCCGGUGAAACAGCAUCAGCUCUGUUUUGCAUGGAGUAUGCAAAUGUUCCACUUAGCUCAUCCAUUUUCAAAGAAACUGUGUCCUGUGGAGAAAGAAACGGUGUAUUUGCUGUCGUCGCUGUAUGCUUCAACUGGAGAAACCUUUGGCAUCAUGAGGACACUGCGCACCUACAACAGUGCAAGUCUAGAGUAUUUACGUCUUAAAGACAUCUCUUUCCCUUGGUGUAUGUUCUCCAUAUGGAUAUUUGUCACCAAACAGUGCCAGGAAAGCUUUUGUGGAGUGUUGCAGCACAUAAACUCCGAUGAGUACACCACACCAACUCUGCUUCUGACAAAGUCAGGCCACCUACAUGUCCAGGUGAGUGGGCAGUUUGGAAGAUCCUCUGCAUUUCUGACAGCAUUCAAAGUACCAUUAAGCGAGUGGUGCCGACUCACUGUGGAGCUACGUGGUAGCAAGGUUGCUGUAGCUAUGGUUUGCAUGGACAAGGACGAGGAAGCUUUUCAUUCUGCAGAACACGAUUUCGACCGUACUGUGGUGCUGGAUGACACAGAGGGCUAUUUUGUGAUAGGAGGAGGGAAAUACGUGAGAGGUGUGGAAGGCUAUUUUGGCCCUGUGGUUUACUACCGCAACAGAAUACCUCCUCACAACAUGAUGCAAGUGGUUGUUCCAGAUGUUAUCAAGAGUGUGAACCUACCUGCAUGGUUCCGCACCUGUCAGGAUAUCCAUUUUGAGCUGACUAUGAAGAUCACUGGCUAUUCUAAGCAGAAAACAGAGUCUGACAGCUGUAAUGAUGCUUUUCAUACUUGGAUGGUAAAUGACACACUGCCAUUAAAGUGUGAAAAGUGGGAGGCAACAGCCCCUCAGAGAAGACGAGCAGCAAGAAUCGCCAAAUUACUGACAUUCAGAAUUGGGGAAAGAAGUGCUAUCCUGCCAGCUGUGGGCAGAGCGUUAUACUCCUUUUCACUUCGUGAGUUGGGAAGAGCGAGCAGCACUGCAGUGAUCAGGAGAAUAUCACCACUACUGCACCAAGCUGGCUGCUUAAAUAAUACUAAGGCCCUGCAUAUGCUGUCUUCCCUCUACAGUGCUGGUCUAGGAGUGAAGAAAGAGCCCAGUAAGGCUUGGCUGCUGGCACUGCUGGCCGCUCAGAAGGAUGAUAGAUUGGCACUCCUGCGCCUUGGUCACAUGCACCACCUGGGUCACCUUGGUGCCUCUGCAGACCCAGACUUGGCUUAUGCAUAUUAUGCUAACAUUGCUCAACAGACAAGUUUAGACCUUCAAAAUCCAACACCUCAGCAGACAUUUGUGGAGUCUGUCUACCUGAACAAUGAUGAGCUGUUGAAGCUCCAAACCAGAGAAGACCAUGACAUCUUCCAGUGGAUGAAACUACAGGCAAAGCGUGGUGUAGUUGAGGCAGAGCAAGCUGUUGGACGCAUGCUGUUCUGGGGUCAGCAGGGAGUGAGUCCAAACAUCCAACAGGCUGUGAGACACUAUGAGAGGGGAGCUGUCCGCUUGGAGGACCCAGUGUCGAUGUACGACUACGGCAUCGUGCUAUUGAAGGGACAGGGUGUGGAACAGGAUAUUCCAAAGGCUCGCACAUUCCUGAAGAAAGCAAUGGACCAGGGGUUUGUCCCUGCCAUCAGUGGCCUUGCUUGGUACUUUGAGCGGUUUGAGCAAGACUACAGGCGUGCGGUGCAGCUGUGGGAGCAGGCUGACCUUCUCGGGAACCCUGAUGCUGCCAUCAAUCUUGGUGUUCUGUACUCACAGGGUCUGUAUCCAGGAAAAGCUCCCGACCAGUUCAUGGCCUAUAAAUACUAUCUGAAGGCUGCAGAGAGGGGGAGCAUCAGCGGAGCCAUCAACCUGGCUCACAUCUGGGCAACUGGGAUUGCUGGUCGUGUGGAGAAGCGUCCUUCAGAUGCUGUAUUGUGGGCAAAGUGGGCAGCAGAGCAAAACGGAUACCUCGGAAAAGCCUUAUGGAACGCGUUGGAUUCUUAUCUCCACAGUGACUUGCUAAACUCACUGUUGUAUUACUUGAUGGUUGCUGAGGCGGGGUAUGCAACAGCCCAAUUCAAUGUUGCUUAUAUAUGUGAUCAAAAUCCGGGAGGAUUUCUGGAUCCUGAUUUUGCUGCAAAUUGUAUACACAUGUAUUACAACCUCACAGUUCAAAGUCAAAAUCCUGAGCCUUAUGCUUUGAUUAGAAUGGGUGACCUGCUUUACGAGGGGCACGGUAACAAGUACAAGGACUUGUUUUCUGCAGCACAGAUGUACAAACUGGCAGCCUUAAGGAAUGAGCCACAGGGAUGGUACAGCUUGGGCCUCCUGGUUGAAGAGGGUUACAGGGUGCCACAAGCACUGCUAAAUGAACUUGGCCUUUCAGAGCUAUACUUCUCUGACAACACUUCACUUCUAAGUGUUUUGUACAAAAAGUGCAGAGAUUCUGGAGUAGUACAUUCCUACCUGCCUUGCAGCCUUGCUCUCUUCAAAGUGCAUUUGCAGUCAUUCCAAAAGGACUACAGCACUGCUAUUAAGAUUGCCGUUGCCAUGGCUGCAGCUCCGACAGUCUUCUUCAUCGUAUUUGGUGUAUUCAAGAGACGUGCCUUCUCUUUUAUCUAGUCUUUUCAGAGUAAAAACAAAACCACUUUGCCAAAAGUGCAAGCUGCAUGGCAAAAUUAGACAUUUUAUGUCAUACAUGAUGUUUACAGAUUAUUUUCAUUGUCAGGUCGCUUAUUAUAAAAUGUGAUGGAGAUUGUAAUGCCAAUUUAUUGAUGUUUAAAUAUAUGAAGAAAAAAAAUCACAUUUAAAACAUUCCUAGAUAUUUUCUGCAAACAUGUUUUUUUAUUUCACUGCAUAAUUAAGAGGUCAAGAGUGUGAAUGUUUUGCUGUUAAACCCUCAGAGUGCUAAGGGUAUUUUCUUGAUUUUACCAUACCUUAAGAAAUUCCCCCUUUAAGGUACUUUCUUUUUGUAUAAUGCCCAUGGGUCGCAUAUCAAAAUAUUCAGAACAAUUUCAGUUUUCUGAAUGUAACAUAUUUUUGUCUCUAACACUGCAUGAAGAUAUGUUGUAUUAGUCGAUAUUUGAGGAAAAGUUGACCAGGAUGCAGAAGAGCAUCAUUAGGUCUCUGAGGGAUGAGACUUGAUGUGUGGUGUACUCUGGAAUCCUCUUUGCUGUAAACAGUGUAUUACUGCAUUUUGCAGCAGCAGGAGAUCUGUGAAAGGAGAAGCCUACUGCAUUUCAUUUGCAAAAAUGGGUCCAGUCUGGGGGCAUACACUGGCACCAGAUACACCACACUGUAAAACUACCUUGGGUGAGUAGAUGGCAGCCACCUGGGCAGACAGCCACUCCAUUCCCAUGUCUCGAACAUAGUGAUGUAAUCAGGUCCAUAAGUUGGUAGAUGGUAACAGUUUUUUUUUUAAAUUUGCCUCUCUACACCUCCACAGUGGAGUUGAAACAUGAAACGUUGCCAUUCUAGUACAGACUUUCCACUUUAAUUCAAGACAUUUAACGAAAAUAUCACAUUAAUGUUGAUGUAUGCAUUGUCUGACUUUUUUUUAAUUAAUAG